UCCUUCGUUGAGGUGAGGUCAGGGAGACGCGGCGCGGCCAAGCUCCCGUAGUCCCGUGCCGAAACCAAACCCUCCUCUCGUUUCUUUCUUGCCUCCCACGCACGCCGCCUCCGCCCCCGCCGCCAUGGCCGAUCCGAGGCUGUCCCCGUCGGGAUCCGACGACCGCCAGGACGCCUCCGGACGCCGCCUCUACAACCCGUACCAGGACCUCAACAUCCCCUACAAGCAGCUCUACGACCUGCCCACCUCCCCGGAGUUCCUCUUCCAGGAGGAGUCCAUCGCGCAGCGCCGCUCCUGGGGCGAGAACCUCACCUACUACACCGGCAUCGGCUACCUCGGCGGCGCCGUCUCCGGGGCGGCCCUCGGCCUCCGCGACGCCGCCCGGGGCGCCGAGCCUGGGGAGCCCGCCAAGAUCCGAGUCAACCGCGUCCUCAACUCCUGUGGUAGCUCGGGCCGUCGCGUCGGCAACACGCUCGGGGUCAUCGGCCUCAUGUACGCCGGGAUCGAGAGCGGCAUGGUCGCCGCCCGCGACCGCGACGACUGGAUCAACAGCGUCGCCGCGGGGCUCGGCACCGGCGCGCUCUUCCGCGCCGCCAACGGGCCGCGCUCCGCCGUUGUCGCGGGGGCCGUCGGAGGGAUCCUCGCCGGCGGCGCCGCGGCCUUGAAGCAGGUGGGCAAGAGAUACGUGCCCGCCCUCUGAUGCGUUCGUACGGUACUCUCUCUGCUGUGAUCAAAUCAUCCAAUCAAUUCGUCGCCGAGGAUGUCAUUUGUUCGUUUCUUGUUCUCCUGAUUAAUUAUUUGGGAAGAGUCAUGUUCUUCUCGACAUUAUGGUUAUAUCCAGUCGUAUGCUGUUACAGUAUAUGUGGACGAUCUGAUCAAAUCAGAUCAGAGUGGAAAAUUUUUGGCCUGCCUCGCAAUGUAACGUCUUCUCUAGUAGCUACUUAGCUGGGAUCGACACAAUAAUACUGCAUUUACAUGAUGCUGCAGAAACCAUGACAUUUUGAAAUGUCAUGUUCAAUGUAGUGUAGUUUGCCUGACGGUUACAUGUUAAAUUAGUCUGUUUUGAUCUGUCUGUGAAUGUCUUGGAAGCCAAAUGCUGUACUAGUUACUUGAAUUCGUGCAUAGUUUGGUAGUAGCAAGCCCUUGAUUCAGGUUACAGGAUCAAUCGGUUUAGCUUGUGAAAGUUGCGAUCUAUUCAUCUUGCAUCAGAUGUUGCUGUUUAGUCUUUUGGUAAACAGACCUCGGUGUAGCUGGCAGCCCUUGGUGCUGCGUAAGUCCUUUAUUUGUUUCUAGUUUACGGUCUUCAGUUUUCUUAGUUUCCUCCUUUCGUUUGUCGAACUGAAAACUAUAUUGUAAUUUCGUUGCCUUGGUAGUGAAAUUCGGUUAUAGCUGUUAUGGAAAAAGAAAGUUACAGGAUCAUUCAGAAAUGAUUCCUAUUGAUAACUAUGAUCCUUUUUAUCCAUUUGGAUUCUGACCAUUCUCAUGGACUUGCAAAUACAGCCUUGGUGUAUCCUGAUGCUGUGAAUACGACAUUGAUGUUA